AUGAUCAUCCCUAAAACGUCAGUCUGUUUCCGAGGCCUGUCGCGCCAAUUAUCGGCUCGCUUCAUCAGCACAGCUCAAGCUCAGCAAUGCAAGCGGCCAAGAUACGCCAACUUCGAAAUAACUGAAUAUUUCAAUCGAAUUCACCUUUCUCCUACACAGCGAAUCUUCUCCGUCAGCAAACUUACAUCUGUUCAACAGCUAGCCUACCUGACCCUUCUCAAAAAGCACCAUCUUGUCAGCGUGCCUUAUGAGAAUCUUCAGGCUCAUUACUCCUGGCACAAAGGGCUCGGUGUUUCACCGACGCGUCUCUAUGAGAAGAUUGUCCGCCACCGCCGCGGUGGUUGGUGCUUUGAAACGAACCAAUUGCUCAAUACGGCCCUCCUGUCGCUGGGAUUCGACGUCAUUCUGGCAGGUUCGCGAGUCUUUGAGCCCUGCAACGGCAGAUUCGGCGGACUUGUGCAUUGUGUUAAUAUUGUUAAGAUCGGUGGCGUACACUAUUUGCUCGAUGUGGGCUUUGGUGGAUACGGUCCACCCAAGCCUGUACCAUUGCUCGAGGGAACGGGAGGCAUUGAACCGAACGGUCUACAGCACAUAGGACCUCAAGCGGAGAUGCGAGUAGUGAAACAGGCGAUUGCACAGCAGGUCGAUCAAACUAGGCGGCUAUGGGUAUAUCAGUUCCGACGUGGCCCUGGUGAGGAGUGGCAGCCAAUGUGCUGUUUCAACUCGGACUUUGAGUUCCUGCCCGAGGAUAUCGAGAUCCUAAACACGCAUGGCAUGAGCCGCACAUGUUUCGCAUCACGUGAAUUGUUGCUUCAGCGAUUCACAACAUCAAAUGAGCCCCUAACUGCACCUGGGAGAACGAAUAUGAAGGAUGUCAUGGAUGGCGAGCUGGACGGCUCUAUUGUGCUAUAUCAGAAUAGGUUGAAAUGGCGGAGGGAAGGGGAUUUGAAACUGAGCCUUAAGUUCCACACCGAAGCGGAACGUGUUGAGGCUAUUCGGUUAUAUUUUGGAAUUGUCCUUGACAAAGAGGUGUCGGAGGGAAUUAAGGGCACUGCAAGUGAGAUUAGGGGUUCUUGGUUUGGAACAGCUUUUGACGAUGAGACGAUUUAA